GCGCGCGCGCACGCAGCUGUGUGAAAGCUGAACCCAGCAGAGCGAGCGCAGGCAGCAGCAGCAUCAGCGCGCGGGACGGAGAUUUUCUCCACACGGAUUUAGAGCAGCUUUACCUGAGGAACCAUGAACAGCAACGACGCCAAGGAAUACCUUUCCAAAACCCAGAUCCCUCACCUGUUCGAGAGCAUGCUGACUGGCUUGAUGUACCACCGGCCCGAGGAUCCGCUGGGCUUUCUGGAGAACUGCCUGCAGAAAACACGAGAGCUGGGAGGUCCUGAAUCUGUGGCCUGGGACACUUUCAUUAUGCCUGACAGGAAACCACUACCUCCUAUUACCAGUGGGCAGGGGAAGAAAGCUCCCAGCAAAAUUGACAGUGGUCCUGGUCCUGGGCCGUACAGACGCUAUGACAGACUGCCCCCUAUUCAGGCUCAGUUCUCUAUCGAGAGCGAUUCUGACAUGACCGAAUCUUCUGGACUCAUACAGGAGUAUGACGUAUUUGAUCCAUCCAAACCGCGGCCCCACAUCAUAUUCGUCAUAGGUGGACCAGGCAGUGGAAAGGGCACUCAGACAGCGAAGAUCGCCGCUCACUAUGACUUCCAGUGUGUAUCUGUGGGGGAGAUUUUGAGGAACCAGCUGCUGCACCAUGCGCCCAGUGACAGGAAGUGGGAGUUGAUUGCCCAGAUCAUCGCCAACGGAGAACUGGCACCUCAGGAGACGACGAUCGAGGAGCUGAAGCAUCAGUUCAUCAAGAAACAAGACGCCAAAGGCUUCAUCGUGGACGGAUUCCCACGGGAAAUAUCACAGGCAUUCACGUUUGAAGAACAAAUUGGCUCUCCAGACCUGGUGAUUCUGCUGGCCUGCUCCAAUCAGCAGCUCCGCCAGCGGCUGGAGAAGCGCGCCUCGCUGCAGGGGAGACCAGACGACAACACUCACGCCAUCGAGAAGAGACUAGAAACCUUCAAACACAACAUAUCUCUCAUAGCCAAGUACUACCAGGAACGAGGGCUGAUCAUCAGGGUCGAUGCCGAUCGGGAGGAGGAUGAUAUUUUCACAGAUAUCAAAGCUGUGGUGAAAGAGAGGCUGUUCCCGAAUGAGCUGAAAGAAGAGGAGCCGUGCUGAAGAUUCCCAGGAGGAUUUUGAUGAUGCUACAAUAUUAUGACAAUCACUGGACUUGUUUACAGUGAAUCUGUUUCCCUGCAAUGGACAGCUCUCUUUUAUUUGAAUAUUUUACCCUCACAAUGGAAAUCGAGAAAAACGUGCAGGUUAUCUCUCCUUACAGCCAGUGCAUACAUUACAUACACAACCCCAAAUCAGAAACAAAGUUGUAAAAUGUUUCUGUAGUAAAUGAACUAUACAUUCACUUUUAUUUCAUUGCAGACAGUAUGAAUCCAAGGUAUUGUAUCAUAUUUUCAUAUUGUGGCCGCACUAUUAAUGAACGUCUAUUUUCUGGUCUUUUUUCAUACAUAAUGCGCACUGGAUUAUAAGUCAUUAUAAGGCAUUAUGUGACACUAAUAAGGAACAGGGGUGUCGCCAUGUUUUCCUUCUAAUUUAGCAGGUGUCGCCACUGGGAGGUGGUGAUAGGGGGGUAACAUUUUCUUUUAAAGUCAAACAAGCGCUGGAUGUUAAUGUACACAGAUUCCUCUCCUAAAAAAACAUUUUAUUUGGGUGACUAAAGCGCUUAUUUCCGUUUAUUUACAGUAAGCUUACAUUUCCAGAUUUCCACUAAGGCUGGGUGCAGCAGCACAUUAGCUCGGAAUGGCAAAAGAACUAGCGCUUAGUGUUGUUAGCGGCUACUGCUAAAACUGAUAAAUACUGAUAUUUACAACCGGACUGAUAAAAUUCAUACAUAAAGCGCACUGGAUUAUAAGGUGCACUGACGAUUUUUGGGAAAAUUAAAGGAUUUUGAGUGCACCUUAUAGUGCAAAAAAUACAGUUUUAUAAUGUUGCCAUUCCUUCUUACAACAGUUAAAACAAAUGUUUUGUCACAGAGGAUGCCAAGCAGUGUGUCAAAGUGUUAUAGGUAUUACUUCUACUAUAUCUUGAUGUGUUAUAUAUACAGGGUCACAGUUUCAAGGCAUUUUGCAAAUGGAUUUUGCCAUUUGUCCAGUGUAAAUUGUAAAUCUUAUACUGCUGUCUUUUUUCUUUUUCUUCUUUCUGUCUCUUUUUCUCUUUCUUUCUUUUCUGGCUUCCUGAUGGAUAAUUUUGCUUUCAUAUUUUGCCGGAUGCAGGGAUCACUAACCUGGCUGUUUGCCUAUUGUCAGCAACUAACGGGAGGAGCCCCUCCUUGAGGGGGAUUCUGAUAACAGUGUCACUGUACAUUUCUGCAGUGACCGUCCAAGAAUUUUAAAAGGGCGUUCACACAGCUUGUCAUUGCAUUCAAUUUAUAACCAAUCGUUGUCUGCUGGCCCCAGGCCAGCUCGGGGCCCUAGGAAAGUGAUUGGUUUGCUUGUCUUGUUGCAACAGACCUGUAUUCUUUGCUGAAGACUUUAGUUUUAAACGCCUUGGCUGAAUUUUCUCAGUCAGAUUUAUAAGGUAGAGUCACCUGGAAUUCAGGCUAUCAGUUAACAGCUGUGCUGAACUCAAGCGUCAAGAGUUAAUUACUUAGUGAAUUUCUUGUCUCUUAAUGUGUUUGAGAGCAUCAGUUGUAAAGUUGUGAAGAGGUAGAGUUACAGAUAUACAGUAAAUAGCUCUAUUUGAUUAAUGUUCUAAUUUCUAUGAUGGCAAAAACUACUUAAAUAAGUAAAGAAAAAACAAUACUUUAAGAAAUUAAGGUCAGUCAAGCCAAAAAAAAUUGAAAACUUUGAAAGUAUUGUCAAGAACAGUCGCAAGGACCAUCAAAAACAUUAUGAUGAAACUGGCUCUCAUCAGGACUGCCCUAGGAAAGGAAGAGCAAGAGUUUCCUCUGCUGCCCAGGAUAAGUUCAUCAGUGUUUCCAUUCUUAGAAACCACAAGUUAACAGAAGUCCAGAUAAGUGAGUUUUUCUAUUCUGUGUUUUUUUUUCAUUAUUAUUAAUAUUAUUAUAUAGAUAAAUGAUAAGGGGUGAUUCCUAAUAAGGAAAUAGAGUUAUAGAGAGGUGCAUUUCAGGACUGUUUCCUUUAAGAGACGUUUCUAUUUAAAGACACGCUUCCUCAAGCUGUCAAGUGGAAGAAGAAUUACUGGGGAAAAUAACUAAUCAAUCAUCAGCUGGCUUAUAAACAUGUUUUGUUUGCAGUAUGAAGGACACAGUGCAUGUCUGACCACAGGCCAUAGAAUGUCAGUAAGCAGAAGACUGAAGAAGAUAUAGACAAGUACCUUCAGGCUCUGUUCUCAUUACGGGUCCUCGGCCCAGCUGGGCCUCUUGUUCUCAGCGGACGAACAGUUAACGUUCACUAUUGCUGACAGACAUUGAUCACCUGCGUGAAAUGUCAGCACGAGGCAUGCUGAGAGUUUCUGAGCCUCUCAGGACAUUUAGACCUUAUUUUACAUCUUGUUUAAGCCACUAUUAUUAAGCAGUACUUAAAUGCAUUGCUUAAUAAUUGAAAUUAUACUACAAUAUAUUAUAUAUAUAUAUAUAUAUAUAUAUAUAUAUAUAUAUAUAUAUAU